CAGACAGACAGACAGGAAAAAAAAAAAAAACAGGAACAGAAUGUAUACUUAUUUGGGAAAAUGGAUCAUGGUUAACAACAGCAAAUGUGAAUGCCCUUUCCUCCCUGCCCACCCAUGAAAGUCUACUCUUCUCCAAGUCACCAUUUCAGGAAGCCUCCUGGGGUAUCUCCCUCUGGGCUUCUCAGGGGCUCCACCAGAGGGCUCUUCCGGCAGGUCCGGCACAGUGGACGGGCUUUGCCUGGGCCCUGCCCAGCAGAGAUCAUGUAUCGCCUCCUGGGGCUGCGGCCCGUCCUCAAGGGGUCCAGACCUCACAAUACCGCCCUGUGGUUGCCACCGGCGGCCACGGGCUCCGCUGUGCCCCCACAGGAUAAGGACAGGGUUCUGUCUCACAGCAGGUGUCAGAGGCGAGUAAAGCGAAGGCUCACUGCCCACCGGAGAUCACAAGCAAUGGAUCCUCGCAAGCUGCAGCGGCAGUACCACCACCAAAUAUUUCGUUUUGCGAUGGCAGCCUGGGACAAGCUUGCCUUUUUCAAAUAGCCUGGCGUCAUUUUGUCCAAACCAGCCAACUUCUUCGAAAGUCGAUGUAGAAAGAGAAAAAAAAAAUCAUCAUGCUACUUCGUCCAAACUGACCUCGCUUGGAUCACUUACACUCCAUCUGCUGCUGGCACUUGUAUAGAACUUGACCUCUGUGAGCUUUUAAUCAAAAUUAAUUUUCUAUCCACAUAGGGGCAAAUGCCAGUUGGCCCCUGUACCAGGCAGCUCGCUGGAGAGAGGGGCUCUCCAGCGGAGGGCCAUCGGUGCACGGGGACCUCACUCGCGUUCAGAUCUUCCCGCUGUGCGUGGAAACGGAGCUACGGCAGCCACAACCCUCUGGUGGCGGUAGCAAAACCCCACUCCAGCCGCCCAGCACAACUGGUACAAAGAACUUCGCUGGCUGAGAAAGACCUACCAAGGGCCUGGGGGAAGGGGUGCAGAAGACAGAUUGAAAUGAUCUGUCCAGCAGCAAACUAUCCCAGAGCUUGUUCCAAACACUUCUCGGGAGAGCUUAUCCCAUCCCUUCCGCGCAUACAAAGGUGCCAAUCCCUCCCGCAUACCUCCUACAGGGUAGAUACGCGGUGACUACCGCUUUCCCGCCUAGAGUUUAGUGCCCUGGCUAGGCUGCCUGUAACGGCCACCGCCGUAGAUCUACAACCGUAAGAAGGGGGACUCGAGUAAUCAGGGACAGGUUAGGCGCUCAGCGACUCUCGUGAAGCAGAGGGCGUGGGCUUACAACGCACUGAAUAUUAGAAAAAGUGUUGAGCACAGGUUUGUGAAGCCAAGGCUCCUGGGGAUCUUUCCUUCCUCCGCGGGGCAGAUGAUCGCUCUCUAAAUUAGGUUUCCAUCCAUACCCAAGGUGGCUUGUGGUGUGGCACUGGACACUCGGCUCGAAGAGAGGGGCUCCGCACCAACAGGCGUGCACCCCCUGCCCUUGCCCUUAGCGCUACUCAGAGUUGCAGUUCCCCUCCAUUUUACACUAAAAUUUAAAGGCAGGCACGGCAGAAUCUUCUGGAAAGGGGCUAAGAUGAAACUCAGGAGGCGGGGGUCGGUGUGGAAAGAGCAGAUGGAUUAUUUUUUCCUCUCCUGGCGAAUGAGGAGCGCCCCUGGCUACCCCUCCUCAUGGAACCCCCCCAAAAGCGCAUGCGCACUCGAAUGGUGGGUGGAUACUUAAGGCGCGGCAACCGCGGCUGCGGCAGUGCGCCCAACAGCGGACUCCGAGAGACUAGCGGAGCUCGGCGAACCCGCGGCCUUCGGCAGCUCUCGCUCUCAACCACCCACCCAGCACUCUCGGAACCAUGGCGGCAGUGGCGGCAGCCUCGGCUGAACUGCUCAUCAUCGGCUGGUACAUUUUCCGCGUGCUGCUGCAGCGCAGACCCUUCUCAGUGCGCCCGCGCCCGGCCGGGAACAAAGAGUUGGGGCGCGGCGGGCGCCAGCCGCCGACGAACGCCGAGGCUCUUAGCGACCAACGUGGUGUUCCUGGAAUGCUGCAUUUACUGGGUAGGAUUCGCUUUUCGAAAUCCUCCAGGGACCCAGCCCAUUGCAAGAAGUGAGGUGUUCAGGUACUCCCUGCAGAAGCUGGCAUACACCGUGUCGAGGACCGGGCGGCAGGUGUUGGGAGAGCGCCGGCGAGCCCCCAACUGAGGCCCCAGCCCCCAGCCCUGGGCGGCCGCGUCACCAGGUGCUCCUGUGCAUCUCGCCCAGCAUGGGAGCCAGUGCCGCGCAGGAAUGGGGGGUCCCCUGUGCUCUCUCGCCAGAGGAGCACUUGCCAAGGUCAGUGAGGGGCUGGUAGGCCCCGGGAGUGGCAGCACCGGCAAUGACGACAAUACCAGAUCCUUUCCCAACCCCUUUGCACCCGUCCCACUGCCCUGCGUGGCGGGGUAGAGGGAGGAGGGGGUUGGGGGGAGCAGACCUCUGAGAUUUGGGCAUAGGCAUUCUGAUCUGGACCAAGUCGGGACAGCGACAUCUCAGCCCCACCGCCGAGAUCAAGACAACCACACCAGCCAGCAGAAUGGACAUGCCAACGUCACCAGCCAGAAGCCCUGAAUCUCCGAGCAGCAGACAAGGCACCAACUUCGUGCCUGUGUGGCGGGCCUGGAGGGCGUGGGGGAAGGAGGAGGAGGAGGCCUGAGAAGCAGAGUGGGGCCCUCGCGCUGUCCCUCGCCCAGGGCACGCACGUGCAUUCCAGCCUUGCUGCCUUUGCUCCCUCAAGUCCCCCUUUCCCCUCACUGCCUCCCAAACGCAUCCCACCCGAAAGAAACGUGUCACUCAAUUCGGACCUCUUCGGCCCGUAGACGAAUCCCAUCUUUACUAAAACACCUUCUCUGAGCCCCCAGCCCCUCACUGAUCUUGCUUUCCCCUGGUCUCACGCAAUUGUGGUCAAUAUUGUGGUAAUUGCUAACUGUACUGACUGUAUAAGUGUGCAUUAGUUGUGUUUCCCCAGCUAGAUUGUAAGCUCCUGGAGGGCAGGGACCACCUCGACAAAAAAUAAAAACCCAGUACCUCUCCUGUCUCGCAAGUGUCCCUGGACCCUGCGGGCUGGCGGAGGCGCACCAAAAA